AUGGCAACUCAUUCCACCGUCCCCCUCCCUCUCCGCAUUACUCAAGCUAUCGGUCUAACAUCCUCCUCCCUUAUGACCGGCACUGCCCUCAGCAUAUCUUUCCUCUUCACCCCGAUCUUGCUCCAAUCCCCUAGCGGCGUUCUUCUCCGACAAUGGGCCUCGCUCUACGGCACUAUGAAAACCGUAGCCCAAGUCAACACCGCCAUUACCUCUGCCUCCUUCUUCUAUCUCGCCUAUAAAAUUCAUAACCGCGAAAUAAGCGGAUGGUUGGCUGGAUAUGUGGCUGCCGGGGUGUUGAAUGUAGCUAUUGUGCCCUAUACCUUGAUUGUUAUGCGGGGCACGAAUGGGAAGUUGCUCAGGAAGGAGGAAGAAGUUAGGGGUUUAGGAAAGAUGGACAACGCUGUUGAUAUUACAGUGGAGGGGGAGACCGUGCAUCAGCUGGUUGAUUGGUGGGCGGUGUUGCAUUUGGGGAGGUGUUUGAUGCUUGGAACGGGGCUUGGGCUGGGACUUUGGAGUGUCUUGAAUUGA